UGUCACAGCAACGGUAGGAUGAAGAAUUACUGUUAUUGUUCCUGAUCUCUAUUUGUCUGAUCAAAGGACAUUUCGACAAACACAAAUUAGUCCACCAGGGUCCAUCAGCCUGAGUCUAGUUCACUCCUGACUGAAUAUGUACCCACAGGCAUUGUGGUGUAUGUACACAGUGGCAUCGUAAACAGUGGUCGUGCUUUUCAUCACUGAGCGGGGGGAUUGCGGUUGUGCAGUGGGCGUGGGACCAUAAAAGAGAAGCGGGAGCACCCAGGACUCUGCGAGACAUAAGUCUUUACUCACAGUGGACAGCAAGAUGCUUGGGACUGCUGCUUGUUUGGUGCUUGUUUUAUCAGGUAUGUGUGCAGGUGAAGGUGUCUUACCUCCAGGACCCCUGAGCGGAGGUGUGGCAGGCACAGUGAAGUUCACCACCACCCUCAGACCUACAGGGAAGCCGCUGUUCUCUGUCAGCUGGAGCUUCAACGAGAAGAACGUCGUCACCUUCACCAGCGUCAACGCCACUGGGUCCGGAUACGAGGACAGGAUCUCAUUAGACCGAGCCACAGGGGCCCUGGAGCUCAGGGACCUGGUGCUGGAGGACAGCGGGGAGUACACUGUCAGCAUCACACCAGACGGAGGGCAACAGCAGCAGGGGAAGACCACGCUGAAUGUGUAUGCCCUGGUUACUGGAGCUGCCAUCCGCAGCCCUGAGGCCAUCUUGAUAGAAGAUAAAAGCUCCGCCGACCUCAGCUGUGAGGCCUCCGGCAACAUCAGCACCAGAGUGUGGAUGAAGGAUGGCCGACCUCUCCGCCCCAGCAGCAGAGUCAGCUUCUCCGUGGACAACAAGACAGUGUCCAUACGGCCCGUUCACAGCUCCACCCACGGCACCUACCAGUGUCGAGUCAGCAACCCAGUCAGCAACGUGACUGUGGCCUACAACCUGACUGUUAACUUUGGACCACAUAACAUCUCGAUUACUGGACCGUCCGCAGCAGCUCUGGGCCACAGGGCGACACUGCAGUGCACAGCGGACUCUGUCCCACCAGCGCACUUCAGCUGGAUGUUCAACGGCAAUGAGACACAUGUUAAUAACUCCGUGUAUGUGAUUGAGAGGCUGGAGGAAGAAAACAUCGGGAAAUACACCUGCACUGCCAGAAAUAUGGUGACCAUGUUGGAAAACUCCACAGUUCUGAAUUUGAGAGCUUCCUGCACUGCUCCCUGCUGGUCAUUUUUAGUGCUGCUGAUCAGUGCUCUGACACUGAGAGGGUUAAUGUAAGGGGAGGAUGCAGGUGAGAGUAAGAAUUUAUUAAAUAUCUUCCUUAUUGUUCCCAUGUUAACUUCUCAUUAUCUAUUUGUUCUUUCUUACUGCCAUAUUAAUUUACAUUGCUUUGUGUUUUUAUUUUUCUCAGAUUCUUCCUUUGCCUGAUUCAUUUUGCUUAUGCCUGGACCCUGUGUGAUACGUUAUGUUAAUGCCAUCAGACAUAUUCAUUGUCAGUUCAGGUGUAAAUUUGUCUUUGGAUUCACAGUCUUACAUGCACUUAAAAUCUUUCAAAGUUUGUCACACCCAGGAAUGCGAGUAAUGGCCUCUUUAAAAAACACUUUGACACUACAACUUCUCGUUUCUGAAACAAAACUAAAACUCUCACUUCAGAAAAAAAACAGUCCACUUACUUGUUAAAUAAAUAAACACUUUUACAAACCUUUUUUUAAAAUAAUUCUACAGAAGACAUAGGUGAUAUAACACCAUCAGUGUGCAAAUAUUUAUGGGCAUUACUUCAUUGCACCUGCUGGAUUUAUUAAUCACACUUCUCAUAUAUUAGAUGUUGUAAACAAACAUCUGUGUGUAGACAUUUUGUUUUACUAAUAAUGAUCACAUCUAUGUGGUUAACUGAGCUCAAAAGGCCAAAUGAUGACUGAGAGUAGAACUUGUACACAGCAUUAUAACAGAAACCUGUUCCAUAUGUAAACCUUCCUUUGCAGCGUUCUGAUUGCUCCUUUCUGCCUGCUCUGACUGGGAGAUGUUUAACUCUGGAUGCAUGGCUGUGCCUGUUGCAUUUGUUAUUCCUGUCUCGCCCUGUAGACCAGUCAUUUACAUGCAGGCAACAAGCUGAGUUCGACCAACUGAAACAGGCAAAGCUUUGCAUCCAUGACCUGAUUACCCUGUUGAACACCUGGGGAUCGUUCAGCCAGGGAUUUUGAUUGGUGGAGAUAAUUAUACAUCACUUCACUGAGAUGCAGCUUCCUUCAAGGGGCUUGACACAAGGUCGCUGGUGCGAGACAUCGAGAUUAAUGCACUGAUCGGCCUCGUGUACUUUUGCUCCUUCACUUUUAUCACUCAGCUCAUCUUAACAGAAACUGUAGAGUGAGGUGAGCUUUACUUCUGAAUGACAGACUGAGCUCUCUCAAAGGCACCCUGGCUGCACAGCACUUACGCAUUUCGUAGCUGAAACCUUGAGAUGAAGUCACGCGUGGAUUAUUACUGAAAAUCGUACUGGAUUGCAUUCAAGAGAGGAAUAUUUGAUGUACAAAUAAAAACGCCCUGUGUGUGUUGAGUUGUUGCUGUCGUAUAACACGAACUGCUGAUUUUUUUUUUUAGUAUGAAUAUAGUUGGAAGUGAUCAGAAAAUUAAAAUAGGAAAAAAUGCUUCACAAUGUUCAGGAGCAAACUGGCAGAAUCUACAAUAGAAGGAAAAACUGAAUAAAAUGUUUUUUGUUCUUUUGCAUGUAAUGAAGUAGUAUGUCUCAAUUCAACAUGUCUUUGCCAAAUAUUUGAUUGCAUAUUGAAGAGGAAAGUAAUUUCAAGUAAAAAAUAUUUCUCUUCGGACAGUAAUGCAUGUGUCACAUUUCAUGAGCUUCUUUUUCUCUUCUCUGAUCUACUGAAACUUUGUAUCCAUUGGAUUUUAAUACCUUAAAAACAUUUUGAAAGCUUAUUUUAUUUGUCUUUUAUGAGCCCUUGAAGAACUAAUUUCCAUCUUGUUUCACUUUUAAGAGUCUCUUCCUUCAUAUAAAGGGGAACAAAAGCACUGUGUAAUAACACAAAUCUGAAAGCCACAGACCCCUGAAUAACAGAGAAAGCAAUUUCCAGGAUUACGCAAAAACUACAGCACAUUUACAGCAUGUUAUGAGCCGUCACAAACAGAAGAUCAAAACAUUAGGAAACUUUGUGAGCGCUACUUUAAUCUCCAGGAAAUCACUACACCGCAGUAAUGUAAAGUAACUCAUGCUAAUGUGUUUUAAUUUGCUAAAACACACCCCUAAAUACGCAUAUUUUCCUGUGAUCCUCACUUGCAAAUUAAUGCACUACAUCCGAUCGUGCUAUUGCAGCACAGAGGAUUUGAUAAUCGGGACAUCUGAAUACUUCAGCAGCCGGAAGUGAUGCAAAGCCUGUGAUGCUGACACAGCACUAAAGGCACAAACAAUAAGUGAGUCUGGCUUAUGUGGGAAGCGUUUCGCUCGAACAGUAAAUUGCGCUACUUUCUCAAAAGAGUCCGCUUUAGGGAUCACAUGAAGUGUUUGCGGACUUCACUGACACGCUUUGACCACAUGAGGUCACUGCUCCACCGGCGGGUCCUGCAGAGGAGUGGAACAGGAUCAUGAAAACCAGCAGUCGGAAAUCAUACAGUCUGUAAUUGCUGAUUUUGCAGAAUUGAGGCUCAAACGAGAAACGAUCGGCCUGGAGGCGUUUUGAUAUAGUUUCAUUUAUUCAAAGGUGCAGGGAGAUGGGAAAAAUGCUCCCUGCCGCAGUCAAGCUCCUAACAUCCUCUUCUCUUUCUGGGUGUCGUCGUGCACAAUGAAACCCCGCUGCAGAUCACUUCCCAUGCUGCUGCUGCUGCUGCGGUUCAUGUGCAUCACCUUUCUCCCAGUUCUUGAAGCACAAGAAAUUGAAGUCCCACCUGAAGUGACCGGAUACCUCAGGCAGAAUGUAACCCUACCAUGCAAAUUCAUCCCAAGACCAGAAGGCGACAAUAUUACUCAGUUUCAAUGGAAUCUGAAGCCAAGGGUUGGAGAGAAAAUCAACAUUAUUGUUUAUGAUUACAAAUAUGGAGUUCACAUUCCUGAUACGUUUCUGAAGGGGAGAGUGAAUGUUGUGGCUCAAUCUUUGAUCAUUAGCAACGUGGAAAUGAGAGAUGCAGGAAUUUACACCUGCAGAAUUGUAGUCUUUCCCAGUGGCUCCUUUGAGAAAACCAUCAGCCUCACUGUUCAAGAACAGAUGUCUUUGUCUUCAGGGGUGAUUUCUGCCAUAGUGAUUGCUGUCUUGUUGCUGUUAGUGGCCAUGGCAGCCAUAGUUUACCUCAUCUUCAUCAGAAGACACAGUUCUUCAGUCAGUUACCACGUCUCCAUUGAUACAAGUGGUCCAGUGGAUGUGGAUAGGCCAUUAGUUAAUGUAAGAGAGGAGGAUGUGGUCUACUCAGACGUCAAGCUCGAACCAUCCAGAGAUGCUACACCGUCAUCCAAUGACAUAUGGCCGGAGACUGCGCACGCUGAUGAUGUCACGUACUCUGAGGUCAUCGUUCUGCAUCGGCAUCCAAAAUGAGAUGAAAUGUACGCUAUAGUAACGUUGAAUUUCUCUUUCUUGUACUUGCUGAGGGGCAGAAAAAAAUUAAUUCUUAACGCUGCUCUAUGCAAGUUUUCAUUUACCAUACAGUUGGUAUGAUUUAUUGGAACCACCUUAUUCUGAAAGGUGUCAAUAAAUCAACGUCUCCUAAAGUAAAAUGGCCUUCUUAGCUACUCCAAGCCCUCCAUUCUUUCUUUCAUAUGGGGUUUUAUUUUUUUCAUGGGCCAACACUAAGUCAAUGAUGAUAUCUUUCCACUACAGCCUCACCGCAAGUGACAAAGAAUAAAGGAAAGGCAAUAUGUUUAUCACAGAGUUAACGGGGCUUUAUUAGCUGUGGUGUUCUAAGAGUUCUGCAGGUGUGCUUGCAGCUGCGAGGCUUGACUUGGGCUAAUUGCUCACCGACAUGCUAAUAUGCUUACAGUGAUAAUGCUAGCAUAUUGAUAUUUAGCAGGAAUAGGUCUUCACUGUUGGUCUGGUAUGUUAGCACUCACACGUUUGCUAAUUAGCACUAAACACAAAGAAAGUGAGGCUGAUAUGAAUGCCAUUAGUUUUGCAGGUAUUUGAUCACAAACCAAAGUACAGGGCACAUUUUGAACUGAUGGUAGCAGGGGAUCAAAGAUAUUCCAAUACAUCCUCUGGAAACCAUGAAUGUGUGUACCAAGUUUGACAGCAACCCAUCCUGCAGUACAGAUAUUUCAAUUAAGAAUUAAAAAGUUAACCAACCGGUGGUGCUACAUAUUAAGUUAAGAGGAUGAACAAAGUCUGCAGGACACAUUUGAGCACCAUCAAUCUGUACUGAACGUUGUACCAAUCAUACAGUAAAUGUUGAGAUAUUUGACAGGAAAAGCGAAAAUUUAGGACUGUAGGUGGUGCUACAAUAAGAGUCAGAAGAUCACCAAAAUCCAUAGCCUUCAUCACCCUCAUCACCUUUGUUGAUGUCUGUACAAAGUCUCAUGGCAACCCAUCUGAUUGGUGUCGAAAUGUUGCAUUCUGGACCGAAGUGGUGUCUGACAGACUGACACUGCCAUCCUGAGAUCUAGCAGCUAACAUGGCUCAAAACAGUUCUGCAGCUGAACGUAGCUCUGCUUUGGUAGAUUUUAUUCAAAUAUUGAGGACAGUUCCAGUUACGGAUGUAUAAGGCAAAAACAUCUGCUUGUCUGCCAAUGUGGCACGUGACACAUGCAGUUCUGACUGUGACCAACCACAAAAUCCAACCACAGACUGAUGGUUAAGUGAAACUGGUUACACAAACCUUCUGUUCCUCUUUUGCCCUUUGACCUACCAAAAGAGGAAGAAAAUGGAGCAAUGGAGCACUAAUGUUGCAUAUUAAUACUUGUUAAAACCAGUUUAAUUUCAGCAGUACAAUUAAUUUUAUAGCUACCUUUUUUAUCGUGAUUCAGCUACACUGGAUGAUAAUGUUUCGAGACUAUAAUGUGUACUGCUUUAACUUUAGGGUUAAAGGAAUCUGAGAGAGGAAAGAGGAAGGCUGGAGUUGUUGUGGUUUUACUCUUUCCAAUUUUUUUGUUUCCAAAUUUUCCAAAUUUAGCCUAUUGCUUCAAACUUAGCUGCAAGAUGAUACGACAUCACGUGUAUUCCAGUAGUAGAUGCAUGGUGUGGCAGUCUGAGCACGCUAUAUGUAAAAAGGUGACAGAGUUUGCAGACUUGUUAUAAUGAUGCAUAUCAGCUCUGAAUAUUACCAACAGUCACUAUCACCUUUGACGGUAGGAUUUCCUGGCAGUGUGUGUUUGAGGGUGUGAGAUUAACUCUGCACACUCAGAACAUGUGAGAGUGUUGUUCCAUUUAGUGAGUAAUUGGACAUUUCAGUCCUGAAAUUGUUUAACGCAUCACGCGGAUAAGCCGUUGGACAGCAUCAACAAUGCACUGCCUCUACAUUUGCUUUAAAACAGAACUUUUUGUAAUUGUGGGUUAAUAAAGUUGAAAGCCAAAAAAAUGUGAUUUGUCAUUUGUCUUUGGUGCUGUAGCAUUCUGUUAGAACAGGAAAUAGAUGCAAAAGAUAAGAUGAUUGAUGUUUGAACAGAGUGCAUUAUGAAAGUCUUUCCACAGAAGUAUGUAGCUAUUACUCAAUGUGUGAUAUUACUAUCACACUUAUCUUUUAGCGGAAAAUUUGUCACCAUAGUACUAUUGUGAAGCGAAUGAGUCACAAAUUAAAUUUGUGGUCAAGAAAUCAAACUUGAGGUAAGCAAUCACAAACAUUGUGGAGGGGAUGAUGUUUAGGUUGGUACUUCCUUGCAUCAACAAAAGUUGUUUUUAGCUCUAGAAACUCACACAACUUCAAAGGGUGUCGCUUGGUUUGGUGUCUUUGUGGUCGUCUUGUUUGUUUUGUCUUUUUGUGGUUGUUUUUUACUGAUUGUUAAGCACUUUUGGAUCCUGGGUUUUUAAAAGGUGCUAUAUACAUAAAGUCAUUCUUAUUAUUGUUGUCUUUCGUUGUCUCUGUUCUCCCUUUGCUUCGCUUUGUUUUGCUGUGUUUCUGUGGUGAUUUGAUUGAUUUUUCUACAAUGGGAGAACCAGGGGUGGCCAGUGAGAUUUUAAUUUAAGUGAUAUUCUGAUACAGACGUCAUGUUUUAUUUUAUUAUAUAAAACUGUGAAUGUCUCUGUGGGUAAGGUGUCCCCGCGAUGAAGAAGGAAUAUGCUUCUGUACGUGUUACAUAAUCAGUUUUGCACUAGUAUUACUGGAGGUAUUACUAUUGUUGAUGUGGUAAACUAAAAUUGCUCCAUUGGAAGGUUAAAUAUUUUAUAUUAUAAUAUAUAUAUAUAAAUAAUAAUAUUUUUGGACCUUGCAGAUAUGAAAU